UUGGGACAUCCUGUAGAAAGUAAUCGGUAAACAUUUAUUGAUAAAAACUGGAUAAUAUAAAAAUAUCUACACGGUACAUAAGACAGUAGUUAAAAGCAAAACAAAUUAAUCUCACGUAGAAAAUAUGCAUGCAGCUUCUCGUGCUCUGGUAAACAUAUAUGGUUUAGUCAACCAUAGUUAACGAGAAAGUCUAACAGCCUUUGGCAAUUGCUUUCUCCAAUAUCUAAUUUAUAAAGCUGCACUAUCCAUGACAGCAUCCGGUAUCGACUGCAACAAGUCAAGAAAUGCAUUUCUAAUGGAAAGGGACAUUGCACGGAGAAAAUGUGCAAUCUCGUGAAAUGCAAUAGGAAAGUAUUCGUCGCACGGCUUUACGCAGUCAAACCGCGAAUUCUAAGUUCCAUUAUCGUGUUUUCCUAGUUUUUUGCCAAUAAUUACAAUAAUGCCUGAAAAAUUUAUUUUGAAAGCCUUUACUGGUAAGAGUGAUGUUAACGGACUUGAAAAAAAUGAGGCUGUGGUUGGUCAAACAAUGUUGCCUCCAUAUUACUCCCAGUUUUCCCAACGAGUGCUGGAUGCUCCAGUUAAAGAAGACGAUAUAUGGUUGGUUAGUUAUCCCAGGACUGGGUCUACAUGGUGCCAAGAAAUGAUCUGGCUAAUCCAAAAUAACGUGGACUUUCAGACUUGCCGAUCUACAUUGCAACAGCUGAGAGCACCACUUAUAGAAUCUUCUGUUGUCCUGUUCGAACAUGUAGGUUCAAUAACCACAGAGACUAGCAAAGUGCCACUUCCUCAGUAUAUAAAAGUUGAUUUGCCUCUGAGCCAACUUCCAUCAUCUAUGGAUGAAUUAAAAGUGAAGUUGGACUUACUGUUUACUGAUUCUGUACGCUUUGUGGAACAAUUACCUUCACCCAGAUGUAUUAAAAGUCAUCUAUCUAUCGAUUUACUGCCAGAGCAAAUUUGGAGUGUGAAGCCAAAGAUAAUUUACGUAAUGCGGAACCCAAAAGAUCUAUGUGUAUCAUAUUAUUUCCAUUGCCAACUGGUUCAUAAGUUCGAUGUCGAUUUUGAAACAUUUUGCGAACUGUUACUGGAUGAUUGUCUGCCUAUUGGAUCAAUUUUUAAACAUUAUCUUGGGUACUGGAAUAAGCGACAUGACCUAAACAUGUUGAUCUUAAGAUAUGAGGAGAUGCGGCUCGAUACUCGAGGAACAGUAGAAAAAAUCGCCAAUUAUUUGGGAAAAACUUUAACUGAAGAACAAGUUGAUCAAAUUUGUGAAUUUGUAAGUUUCAACACUAUGAGGAACAAUAAAGCAUGCAACUUGCAGGUUCUAGUCGAUAAUAAGAAAGGGGAUGACUUUUAUACUAAAUCAGGCAAACAUUUUGUCAGAAAAGGUAUUAUUGGAGACUACAAAAAUUAUAUGUCACCUGAAAUGAUCGCAAGAUUCGACAACUGGAUAGAAGAAAACAUUCGUGGGACAGACUUGGAAUUAAGCCUUGAUGCAGUUUAGAUGAUUAAUACCAGAAAUAUUUAUAAGGGGAUAAUUUAGAUACAUGUGUUAUUAUUUCGUUUUUAAUAACAUGUAUUUGUAAAUAAAAUAAAUUAUUUUCCUAAAAUUCUCUCGAGACAGUAAAGCAAUAGUUAUUGAUAGUUUUUAAAAUAUGUAAUUACUUUCAUAGGAUAGAAUUAAAAGUGAUUACAAACUGCAAGUCUUCGAAACAUUUUAUUCAAAAACAUACCAGUUAAAGUGUUUUGGCAAAACGAUCUGCAAGUUCAUAAUUACUAAAGCAAUAAAAUAUGUUUUAACUGCUAUUAUCAUUAAUGUCUGCAACUUUUUCUGACAUUCCCGCUCACUCUGUACAAUAGCGAAUAAUGUGCAUCUGUUCAGGUAUAAUGCAAAUAAAAAGCGUAUUCUGUCAAAA